AGCGCGGAGGGGAGGGGAGGCAGAGGGCAGCUGUCCCCGCUUGAUUGAUUGACUGAUGUGGGAAGGAUUUGCGGAGCGAACGGGGCUAGCGUGGUGUGCACACCGCUUAUUUUAACACAAUCACACCCGAAAGGCUCGCACACGGAUGACACAGAUGCAUAUUCAUUGAAAAUGUCGGUCGGUAGCCGUUAGAGCGACCGACGGUUCCCCUCGUAUCCAUCCGCAGCGGGGCUGUUUUUGUACCUGCUAGCUCGGUUCGUUAGCCUGUUUUUGGCAGCGGUUCCUUUUGCUAAAUAUGGCGCUUUGCAUUUUGGCUGCAUACACAAACACCAGAAACACUUUUAACUGUUAGCCGCCGUGCUAGCGUUAGCUCCAGGUUAGCUCGGCCGGACCGUUCUGAGGGGACCGGGCUAACGACGGCAGCUAGCUGGGUAAAAACUGUGUGAAAACGCGCCCGGGCUACUUUGUCGUUUAAAAACCCGCAGGUCGGAGCAGAUAGACGGCUAACGUCCCCCCCAGAGGUCCGUAAAGUAAACCCCGCCGUGUCCGAGCGGCUAACGGGCUAAAGCUAAGCUGCUGGUCGGCCUCCGCCUGUCCCUGUCUCUAUAAUGCCCCUGUGUCUGCAGCAUCUGCAGUGAACGUGAUGGCAGCCCAGUCGGUCUCCAUAGACAAGUACCCAAAGGCGGAGCAGCAGAUGCCUGGUGUGGUGAAGGUCGACGUUGACCCGGAGCAGACGUUCAUGGAGGCGUCGUUGGUGGAGGCUCGGAGCCCGGCGCCCACCGAACCUCAGACGCCCAUGGACGCUGACAAGGCCUCCAUCUACCGCCAUCCUCUGUUCCCUCUCCUGGCACUCCUGUUUGAAAAGUGUGAACAGUCGACGCUGAGUUCCGACUGCAUCACCUCUGCGAGCUUCGACGUCGACAUCGAGAACUUUGUCCGUAACCAGGAGAAGGAGGGGAAACCGUUCUUCAGUGAAGACCCGGAGCUCGACAGCCUGAUGGUGAAGGCCAUCCAGGUCCUGCGGAUCCACCUCCUGGAGCUGGAGAAGGUCAGUGACCUGUGUAAGGACUUCUGCAGCCGUUACAUCGCCUGCCUCAAAACUAAGAUGAACAGUGAGACUCUGCUGAGCGGAGACCCAGGUAGUCCCUACUCACCGGUCCAAGGCCCGGCCCAGAGCUUCUCCCCAACCAAGACCCAGACCCCCAGCUCCAUCUCUGGGACCAUCAGCCCCCAGGGUCAGAUUGUGGUCCCGGCGUCGGCGCUGCAGCAGGGGAACGUCACGGUGACUGCUGUCAACCCCACCCAGGUGGUCGCAGGUAUGUCACCCUGGCAUACGACGCCAUCCUCAGGAGGAACCGUGUACCAGCCCGUCACUGUCGUCACUCCUCAGGGUCAGGUGGUCACACAGGCGCUGUCGCCGGGGACGAUACGCGUCCAGAACAAUCAGCUCCAGCUCCAGUUUCAUCAGGACUUGAACCUGUUUAAUCACGAUGACAACUCAACCAAGAACAAACGUGGCGUUCUGCCCAAACACGCCACCAACGUCAUGCGCUCAUGGCUCUUCCAACACAUCGGGCAUCCUUAUCCCACAGAGGACGAAAAGAAACAGAUCGCCACUCAGACCAACCUGACGCUGCUGCAGGUCAAUAACUGGUUCAUCAAUGCGCGGAGGCGGAUCCUCCAGCCCAUGUUGGACGCCAGCUCCUCUGAGACGCCCAAAGCCAAGAAGAAGACGCCUCAGAACCGACCGCUGCAGCGCUUCUGGCCCGACUCCAUCGCAGCCGGAGGAGGAACACCGCAGCAGGUCACCAUGCCCGACGGUACCAUGGUGACGAUGAACGUGGAGGGUCUGCAGAGCCUGACGUCGGACGGCGCCACGCUGGCCGUGCAGCAGGUGAUGCUGGGAGGUCACAGCGAGGACGAGUCGGGGGACAGCGUGGACGAGGAUGAUGAGGACAUGGCCGGGCUGGGCCUGGACAACAGUGACUCGCUGCAGUAGACGACGCACAACCACACACAACGCACACGCCCACGCAUCGACAAACACACACCGUAGGUUUACAUAGAGCACAAACUACAGACGGACCUGACCGGGACCAGGACAGACCGGACUGCACCAGACUGGGACGGACCGAACUGGACAAGGUUAGACCAGGACAGACCAGACUGGACUGAACCGGACCAGGACGAACCAAACUAGACCAGACUGAACCAGACCGGAGAGGGACAGACCGGACCGGGCCAGACGUCCGUGUGCACUCUUCCACCUGCUGACCUGAGACAGUCUGAGCUGUAGUUCAUCAGGAGUUUCAUUUCAGAAACUGUUUUUUAAGUAUUUAGUUGACGUAGGCGAGUGCACUUUUUGUAUAUUUAAGCUCAAAAAGAUUAAAUCAAACAGAAGAAAAACCCCGUGGUGUUGAAAACACAGACGUUUGUUAUGCUCCGUUACUAAAUGUUGACUGAUUUGCUCUUUGGUUUUGCGUCCCCGUCCCGUUGGUUUUGGACGCCGUAUGUGUAAGGGUUCGUUGACUUUUUGCAUGCUUGUGUUUGAGUAGAUGUGCGCACUCUGAGACUGACUCCGCCUCUCGCCUCGGCCUCUGCAGGCGACGAGGACAAAAGAAAAAAAAACAAAAAAACAAAAAACAAAGGAGAGAUGCUUAUUUUUAUAUACGAACAUAAGAAACUAGUGUUUUUUUGUUUCAUUUUUGUGUUCUCCUGUUUUGUAAGGAAUAUUUAUGUACAGAUUCAUAAUUAAAACUACCGCCCUGUUUUCCAGGGUUCUUUGAAGUUUUCUAAAACUGAAUUGAAUGCUAAUGAAAAUGACUAUUUAAAUUGGUUUUAAACUUCCAGACUAACAAGGCCUUACCUGAGUUCUUUUCUAAAGAAACUUUGCCAAGAAGCACAAAAACUAAGUCUGACCCCGGGUGAAAUUAACCAGUCGACACUAACGAGUAAAAAGCAUUUGAACGUUAAAGGGUCAGUUCAGAGGGUUAACGAGUCGGUGUUUUCGACAGACGAACCCGUAUGAACCGGGUCUGAUAUGGACCUGGACCAGGUCUGAUGUGGACCAGGUCAGUCCAUAACAUAAACCGGUUUAACUCCUGUUAGUAAACUGUUCAGUCUCAGCUCCAUGGACACAUGAGUCUAAGGGCCAAUCCCAAUUAACCCCUUGGCCCCUCCCCCAUUUUGCCUAUUUGUGUGAAGGGGUAGGUGUGUCCCGAUUCUCAAUUAGUUUGAGGAGAAUCUCCUCAAAACAGAGAUUUUUCAGGACCACGCUACAAAUGGAGGGGAAUGAGAAAUCUCCCAUAAUUCUGUUCAAAUCAUCGGCAAGAUGGAGGUAAACACAGCCAAAAAGCACAGCAGUGUGACGAAAGAAACACAAAUGUACGUAUUUUCUUUGUAAACAACUUAAUCAUUUGAUCAACCAUUUCAUGCGGUUUUAAUGUGUUAUAAACUAUAUUUCUGCGGUUUGAGGUUGAUAGCUGCAAAAAGAUGCCCAAAGCCCAUGGAACAGAGACAGUUACAGCUGCUGACGGCAUGGGGAAUUAUUUUGGAAACAAAGUUGUCAUAUCUGUUUAUAGCGGCAUCAAUGACGUAGCAGGUCUGGAAGGGUUGGACCAUUUCACAGGGGAAUGUUCCAACCACUACCUCUUGCACUUCUGUUUCAAGGGGUAAGGGGGAGGGCCAAGGGGUGAACUGGGAUUGGGCCUAUAGGUGAGUUUAAAUCCAGACUGACCUUCAUCUGUUGUCUUCUAGUUUGUCACAGACUCGACACUAGACCAGUGAUCCAUGUCCACUGUCCCAGUGGAACCAGUUCAUCAAGCUUAGACUGGUCCUGCAUCAGUAGAGACGGUACAAGAAACCAGUUAAAACAUCAUAAGGCCCCGUUGACACUGAAAGUCCAAGUUCCCAAAUCUGAUUUUUUAACGACUGUCUGAAAAACACAAAUCUGAGUUUUCCCCCAAAUCAGACCCAGGGCACAACGUUAACCUCGUAGCAUCAUCACCUUAGUCAUAUUUUUGGCCAAACUGUGAUCUCUGUGUAACUUUAACACUGCUGAUUCAUUCUACAUCAUAUUUUAUGAUCUGAAAAAAAUAUGAUUUAGGUAAUUAUGCUAACGACAUCUGGUCCUAAAUCUGAUUCAUUUGAUGUUUUUCAAUGUGACUUCAGUCUGAAUGUUCACGUCGCAUUUAAUCCGACUUCUGUGUCACUGAAAUGCAACAAAAUCUAACUUCAGACAUGAGCUGAUGAAACAGAACCCAAUGCCAAACUAAUCGUGUCCGUUGUCUGAACACACCGACUCCGCCCAACUCUGUAAACUCUGUGCUGGCCCUUUAACGCGUACGGUGGUCGUUGUAGCGACCAGCGUACAGCUCCAGUUUUACCCACAUUGUGUAUACGAUACAUGACGUCUUGACAGUAGUAGCGUAGGUUUCACUUUCUUCAAAUGCACAAUCCAGAACACUAUGCUAAUCACACAAUCACAUGGUGCGAGUGGGAGGAGCCACCGGAGACGAAACGCCACCAUCGACGUCAGCAGUGGACUUUUUGCACGCGUUAAACUUUUUAUUUAUGUACACGUACAUGCUACUGCGUUGGACAGAGCAGGAGGCGGGGCAGUUGGACUCCAUGUUGGGCUGAAGGACUGGGAUGAAGCGCUGCAGCUCUGUGGCCCCGCCCCCCACCACACCGCAGGGGAGGGGCUUCUGUUUGAGUACCUGUAAUAUUGUACUGUACACCAGUCGUCUGUCAAUAGUUGCAGUAAUCUUGUUUCUCUCUCCUGUAAAGUUGAGACUUGAAAUGGUUAAUGGAUGCGUCGGAAACCCCGCAGCCUGGGGGCGGGGUCUGACUCUGGGGGAGGGGCCUCGCUGAGCUCUUGGACCCUCACUCGCGUCUGUCUUGCUUUUUAUGAACUGUUGUUCACUUUUCUCUCGUCUGUUUUGCCUUAGAGCUUUCUAUUUUGGAAUAAACGAUGCCUAACUCUGA